UAUUUAAAGCCUGAAGUAGUAGCUCUGUACUUAAUAGAUUAUAGUCAAGUUGUUCCUAUGGAAGAAUCAUUAGACUGCAUUUAUUUUAUAGCUUUCCGAAUGAAAACAAAUGAAUACAUCCUGACCCCAUGACCAACACAUCAGCUUUGUUACAAAAAGAACAAAAGAAGUGUAACCAUGGAAUAUUCAGGAUUUGGAGAUCUGGGGAUAACCCUUAAGCAAUCUAAUAUUACUACUCAUGGAAGUAAUAUCACAUGCUCCAGAGAUAGCCGGGUCAACCAAGUGCUCUUCCCCGUGGCCUAUUCCAUUCUCUUCAUUGCUGGAUCAUUAAUGAACGGCUUAGCAAUUAUUGUGUUUUUCCAGUUACCAAGUAAAUCUAAUUUCAUAAUUUUUCUGAAAAACUCAGUUAUAUCGGAUACUUUAAUGAUCAUGACAUUUCCCUUCAAGAUUCUAGGAGACGCAAAACUUGGACUUUGGCCACUGAAAGGAUUUGCUUGUCGAUUUACCUCAGUGGUAUUCUAUUUCACCAUGUACAUAAGUAUCAUCUUCCUUGGCCUUAUCACUAUAGAUCGAUAUCAGAAAACCGUGAAACCUUUUCACAACUCCUGUACGAAGAAUCUGCUUUCAGCCAAGAUCUUGUCAGCUUCAAUAUGGAUCAUCAUGUUUCUCCUUUCAUUACCCAAUAUGAUUUUAACUAACAAGACAUUGACGCCCAAAAGUGUCCGGAGCUGCGCAAAGCUUAAGUCUAAAUUUGGACUGACUUGGCAUGAAAUAGUGAACUACACGUGCCAGAUCAUUUUCUGGGUAACAUUUGUCAUUAUAGUGGUAUGUUAUCUCCUCAUAACCAAAAAGCUAUUUGAGUCAUAUAAAAGGACUAGAAGGGAACAAACACAAUCCAGAAAAAAAGUGAACGUGAAGGUUUUUAUUAUCAUUGGGGUAUUUUUCAUUUGUUUUGUUCCAUACCAUUUUGCAAGGAUCCCCUAUACAUUAAGUCAAACACGGGAUGUGUUCCAGUGCUCGGCUCAUUUUACUCUUUUCUAUGUGAAAGAAAGUACUUUGUUCCUGUCAUCCAUGAAUGCCUGUCUGGAUCCCUUCAUCUACUUUUUUCUCUGCAGAUCAUUUCGGAACACAUUAAUAACUAUGUGGAGGAGAAAACAGGGGUGCUUCCUGGCUUAUACCCGACGGAGGGCAACUAAACGAUUCAACAUAAGUAGUGCUGAAACAAAGAUAUGACUUAUUAAGCAACAUACUUUUACAUAGUAGAACUCUAAGUUUGGAUUAAAAUGAUAAAUAAUGCUUGUUAAAUGUUAAGUAUAAUUUUUGGUGUGAACAAACAGAUGCAUAUCUAAAUGUUUGUCGAAAUAUUUUUGAUUAUAUGAUAUCCCAAUUAAAAAGAAUACAAUGCAUGAUAUCCUAUCUUGAGACAGUUUUUAGGUCUAGUUACAUGGACAUUAUAAUAGGGGUGUAGAUUUGUUUUGAAAAAAUGUCCCCACAUUUGGAUUUUUGUUGCAUUUUUGCUAUGUUUUUUUGUUUACUUAAUGAGUCCAAAGUUUUUUUUAUAUUAUUUUAUAGCCUUGGAUGACCUUAUUCUAAUUGUAUUAUUAAUUUCUUGCUAAGUCCUCCUUCCCCAUUCUCAAUAUAUAGGUGUUUUAAUAUUUGGUUGACUACCAUAGUCAGAUGGGUGGAAGCUAAAGGUUGGAUGUUUUAGUAGGAGGCUAGGAGGGGGGGGGGGGGUAACUCAUGUUCAUGGGGUCAUGAAGCUCCUUAUCACUCCUCCUAAGCCUAACAUUUACACCCCACUUUGCAAUAAAGUUCCCACCCAGCUGAAUAUUCAGUAAAACAUAUUGAUAGUCACCCAAAUGGUAAAAACCUCUAUAUGUACGGAGCAGAGGGCAUAGCAAAAAAGUACAGAAAAAACACAGAAUUGGGGCAUCCUCUGUUAUUCUCCUUGAAAUGUAGAAAAAUGUUGAAAUCUGAAUGCUACCAAUUGAAGGAUUAUCACACUAUUCAGUCAGUGCUGACAAGGUCAUUUUAAUACUACAUAUUUUCUGUGCGGAUUUCCACUGAAGAAAACACAUUGCAGCAGACUCCCAUUGUUUUCAAUAGGAUCCUGCUGCACCAUUCACACUAUGAAAUUUCGGACAGCUGACUCUACCGAAAGAAUUAACAUGUUUAUUCUUUCAUACGAAAGCACCCGGAAAUGCAUUGCUGUCUAUGGCGCAUUUUGAAGCAGUCCUAGUGCCGGCUUGUUUUGCUGGCUCCCGCUACAGAUGGAUUCUCUGCCCGGAAUAUCCUCAGACAGAGAUUCAGUAGUGUGAAUGAGCCUUUAAACUAGUUUGGACCCAACUGUUAAUGUAUUCAUAAAUAUUAAGGAAAAAGAAAAGAGGAUCGGCACAUAGUUAUAAGAAAAAAUGUUCCAGAGUUGUUAUUUCAUAAAGUGUACAAAUAUAUACAGUAUUUAUAUGUCAAAGUAGUGAUAGGUUAUCUUUAAUCCAGAUAGUUUUAUGGCCAAAUGUAGGUUCCAAAAUAGGUGCCUCCUGGUAAAUUGCAGAUUUUAAUUAAACAUUCAUCUACUACUUUAUUGCCGGUCUAUAUUGGAGUUCAUUUACUAGUAAUAAAUAAUGCC